AGUGCCUGCCUGUCCCCACCUUCCUCCUUCCUCCUGUGGGACUAUAUUUCUGCUGCUGGGGACUUUGGCAUGAACUGCAGUGACCCUAUGGACUUCCAGAGGAUGGACCAUGGGGCACCAGAGACUCCACCUCCCAGAUCCAGAGCAAAGACUUUGACCCCAUUGCCCAGCACAGGGUGCAGCUGCAAGCCCUGGACCCUCAGACCUUGGACCGUGGGGCUCCAAACAGGCUACACUGCACCAGGGGCUCUGCUGAAGCCUCCAAAACCCAUAGAGGCUACCUGGAGAACUCUGCAGAGCCCAGAGCCAUGCGCAUCGCUGUCAUCGGGGCUGGAGUGAUCGGCCUGUCCACUGCCCUGUGCAUCCAUGACCGCUUCCAUGCACUGGUGCCCCAGCUGCAGCUGGAGGUCUAUGCCGACCGCUUCACACCGCACACCACCAGCGAUGGGGCUGUGGGCCUGUGGCAGCCCUACCUGAGUGACCACGGCAAUCUGCAGGAGACGCUGUGGAACAAGGAGACUUUUGAACACCUCCUGGGGUACCUCAACUCACCAGAAGCAAAGGAAAUGGGACUGUUCCUGAUUUCUGGAUACAACCUGUUUAAGCAGCCUGUACCAGAUCCAUCUUGGAAGAACAUUGUCCUUGGCUUCAGGAACUUGACACCGAAAGAGCUUGAACUCUUCCCUGGCUACAGCUAUGGCUGGUUCAACACGGCACUGAUGCUGGAGUGCAGGAACUAUUUGCCCUGGCUGACCAACAGGCUGGCACAGAGAGGCGUGAAGUUCUUCCACAGGAAGGUCGAGUCCUUCAAGGAGAUGUUUUCCCAGGGAAUUGAUGUUGUCAUAAACUGCACUGGGGUCCGUGCUGGGGAGCUGCAGCCAGACCCAGCUCUGCAGCCUGCCCGUGGGCAAGUCAUCAAGGUCCUGGCCCCAUGGGUGAAGCACUUCAUUAUCACUCAUGACACGGAAUCGUGGAUCUACAGCUCACCCUACGUCAUACCAGGGAGUGAGUUCACAGUUUUGGGAGGCAUCUACCAGCAAGGCAACUGGAAUGAAGAGAACAGUGCUCAGGACCACAAGUCCAUCUGGGAGAGGUGCUGCAGGCUGCUGCCCACACUGCAGAAAGCAGAGAUUGUGCAGGAGUGGAGUGGCCUGAGACCAGCACGUCCCAGUGUCCGCCUGGAGCGGGAGAGCAUUGGCCAUGGGCAUUCAAGGACAGAGGUCAUACACAACUACGGCCAUAGUGGCUUUGGGAUCACCAUCCACUGGGGCUGUGCUAUGGCCGCAGCCCGGCUGCUCGGGAACAUCCUGCAAGAGAAGCACUCCCAGUCCCGCCUGUGAGUUGCCUGCUCAGCUGGGAUUAUUGCAAUAGCAGUAGCUUAGAAAUCACAGCAAAAAGAUGCAAAUAACAGUGGUGCACGUGGGCUGUUGACACUCGUGCUGGCUUCGCUGACGCUUCCUCCUGUCUUGUUUUCGGGUUGCUGCCAGUUCUGUUGCUGCCAUUUGCCAGACGGCUGAAUUUCCUCCAUCGUGGCCUCGCACAACCUACCCAAAGGAAGUCCUUUAAAACAUGGACUAAUUAUCUGUGACAAAGUGUGAUUUGCGGAAUCAAACUCCAUAACCCAGAGUUAGGUUAUAAAGCAGGUAUGUUUUAUUCAGCAUUUGGCGCCAAGCUG